AUGUUCAAAGCCCAAUCAACCACCGCCUUCACCGGCGUCAAAGCCAAAUUCACAGCAGCACUCAAAGCGCCAGUCAUGCCUCCACCCAUGAAACGCGCCAACCUCUCCGCAGUGUCCAAACAGACCACCUAUCCACGCGGGAUCCUCAUCAAACCAACCCAAAAACCAACCCAACCCGCUGUUUCAUGCCUACCCGUCGAUUUUGGCCGUCGGGUGGCUGCAUCGUGCAGCGGGUAUUCCAGAGGGGCGAGCGGAUCGACGUGGGGAACUGAAAGCUACUACAGUUCUUGCUUGGUCUCCGCGGCGGGUGCCGCCGACGACAGUGGAAGCCCCCUUCCGAUGCCGCCCCUCAUGACAGACCACGUCUACGAAUCAGACCCUCCGAGCCCGACACCCAUAUCGCUCGUGCCAUUCCCGCCGCGCACGGGUGUAUGGGACGAUAGCUCUCUUUCAAGAGCAACAUCACACAGCUGCUGCUGCUCCUCCUGCUGUUCCUCAUCCGCCUCUUCCUUUGUGGACUCUUCCGAUGGUCGUGGCGGCUAUAUCAAACCUCCUCCUUUCCUGUCUCUGGAUGUCUCGGCGUCUCAGACAUCUGCUCACGCCCCACCCGCCCCUCAGACGUCCCAGAGCCCAAUUUCCAGUCUCAGCGUCAGCCCCAGCCCCACACCCACUCUCGCUCCCCGACGCCCCAAACUCGUCAAGCGCCCGGCCGCCCAAAAGGUGCGAGGGCCCGUCCUCGCUAUCCACCGGAUGCGCGGCUGCGAGUACUUUGGUAUCGUCAACGGCACUGAGGAGGCGUGGAUGGCAGACGACCCCGUCAUUCGUAACCUCAACGACGCCGAAGCCGCCUCUUCCUCCCCUUCGAACUCUUCCUCUCCCUUAAACCCGUCCUCCCAACUCGGUUCUACAGACCUCACCUCAGAGUCCGCUGUCGACAACAUCACCAAGUUGAGGAUGGAGGAGAUGUUGGGAGCUCGACCGGGCGGCGACGCGAGCUAUCAAGGGUUGAGUAACACCCUGGGUGUUCCUGAGCUUAAUGAACUCGAGCUCCAGUGGCUUUUGGUCAAUAUGAAGGACUUUGUGAUGAGUGCUAGGGCGAUGGAGUGGUAUGUCGCUCGUCAUCUUGUCGACCUUUCGCGAGGCACGGAUGAGGUUGUUGAACUUCGAGAGAAGGAGCCUGAACUUGUACUUUCUCCAAUCCUCACAUCGUAG